AUGCCUAAAGGGGAGAAAGACAGCGUACUCUUCCUGAUCAAGAAGUUAGAGCAAGCAGUGGAGGUAGCCCACAAGGUGAUUAAGAAGAUUGACCAGUUUGCUUAUCAAUUGGACCUUCCUCCAGAGUCUAAGUUGUAUCCUGUAUUCCAUCUUUCAUUGCUCAAACCCAAAUUGGGCCAACAUACUUCUCCUGUGCCUACUCUUCCUCCUAUUGAUGCAGAAGGUCUUUUGUCACCUAAGCCUAUAGCUGUGUUGCAGCAGAGAUCUAAGCAGCUAAGGAAUAGGAUUAUAACUGAAGUUUUGGUUCAAUGGCAUGGCACCACCACUGAAGAUGCUACUUGGGAAUCACUACACCAGUUACAGAAUCAAUACCCUCACCUUGUGGGCAAGGUUCUUUAA